CCCCCGGGCGCCUCCCAGCAGCCCGCGCGGCGCCGCGCGGCAGGAUGAUCCACGAGCUGCUGCUGGCGCUGAGCGGGUACCCGGGGGCGGCGUUUACCUGGAGCAAGCGUGGCGGCCUGCAGGUCUCUCAGGAACUGCCGUUCCUGCACCCCAGCGAGACCAGUGUCCUGAACCGGCUUUGCCGCCUCGGCACCGACUACAUCCGCUUCGCCGAAUUCGUGGAGCAGUACACGGGACACGUUCAGCAGCAGGACCAUCAUCCAUCUCAGCAAAACCAGGGUGGAUUACAUGGCAUUUAUCUGCGAGCCUUCUGCACAGGUCUUGACUCAGUGCUGCAGCCGUAUCGACAGGCAUUGCUUGACCUAGAACAAGAGUUUCUGGCCGACCCGCAUCUUUCCAUCUCACAUGUUAAUUAUUCCUUGGACCAGUUUCAGUUACUCUUCCCUUCUGUGAUGGUCAUGGUGGAACAGAUCAAGACUCAGAAGAUUCAUGGAUGUCAGAUAUUGGAGACAGUCCACAAACAUAGCUGUGGGGGGUUGCCUCCUGUUCGCAGUGCUCUUGAAAAGAUUCUGGCUGUGUGUCAUGGAGUCAUGUAUAAGCAGCUCUCUGCCUGGAUGCUGCAUGGGUUGCUACUAGACCAACAUGAAGAGUUCUUUAUCAAACAGGGCCCCUCUUCUGGGAAUGUCCCUAGCCAACCCGAAGAUGAUGACGACGACCUAGGAAUUGGGGGACUUACAGGAAAACAGCUACGAGAGCUGCAGGACCUGCGCUUGAUUGAGGAGGAGAACAUGUUAGCUCCAUCUCUAAAACAGUUCUCUCUGCGAGUAGAAAUGCUGCCUUCAUACAUUCCUGUGCGGGUUGCUGAGAAAAUCCUCUUUGUGGGAGAAUCUGUACAGAUGUUUGAGAAUCAAAACGUUAACCUGACCAGAAAAGGCUCCAUCCUAAAAAACCAGGAGGACACUUUUGCAGCAGAGCUACAUCGACUCAAGCAGCAACCACUUUUUAGUUUGGUGGACUUCGAAUCAGUGGUUGACUGGAUACGGAGCACUGUUGCUGAGCAUCUUUGGAAACUGAUGGUGGAGGAAUCAGAUUUACUAGGACAACUGAAGAUUAUAAAAGACUUUUACCUUUUGGGAAGAGGUGAGCUGUUUCAGGCCUUCAUAGACACCGCACAGCACAUGUUAAAAACACCACCUACAGCUGUAACUGAACAUGAUGUCAACGUUGCUUUUCAGCAGUCUGCUCAUAAGGUACUGUUAGAUGACGACAACCUUCUUCCUCUGCUUCACUUAACCAUUGAGUAUCAUGGAAAGGAGCAUAAAGAUACUUCUCAGACUCGUGAAGGGCUUUCCCGGGAAUUAUCUCCACGGGAAGCCCCCACAUCUGGCUGGGCAGCUCUGGGCCUUUCUUACAAAGUUCAAUGGCCGCUACACAUUCUCUUUACUCCUGCCGUUCUGGAGAAGUACAAUGUUGUGUUCAAAUACCUGCUGAGUGUGCGACGAGUCCAGGCUGAGCUACAGCACUGCUGGGCUCUUCAGAUGCAACGCAAACACCUAAAAUCUAACAGAACUGAUGCCAUCAAGUGGCGUUUGAGGGAUCACAUGGCUUUCCUUGUGGACAAUCUUCAGUAUUAUCUGCAGGUGGAUGUACUGGAAUCUCAGUUCUCACAGCUUCUGCAGCAGAUAAACGCCACACGAGAUUUUGAGAGUAUACGAUUGGCUCAUGAUCAUUUCCUAAGUAAUCUGUUGGCUCAGUCUUUCAUACUCCUAAAACCUGUUUUCCACUGCUUAAAUGAAAUUCUGGAUCUUUGUCAGAGUUUUUGUUCUCUGGUCACUCAGAAUCUGGGCCCAUUAGAUGAACGGGGAGCUGCACAACUCAGUAUUUUGGUGAAGGGAUUCAGUCGUCAGUCAUCGCUUCUCUUCAAGAUUCUCUCUAGUGUUCGCAACCAUCAGAUAAAUUCUGAUUUAGCUCAACUGCUGCUACGCUUGGAUUAUAACAAGUACUACACCCAGGCUGGAGGAACUUUGGGCAGUUUUGGGGUUUAAGUACCUUUUCUUCAGGCUUUAACCAACAGUGCGUGAAGUGGUGGAGACUGGUGCUCUUGGACUGUUGGCACUCAACUGCAUUUUCCUUUGUAGCUGGCUCUGGCCUGGUGAACCAUUGUUUCAGAAGGAACGAGCAGGAACUGCCACCUAUGUGAGGCUGCCCAGUGAUUGCAGAAAGCUUCUACAUUUUUUCUGAACUAGUAAAAACAUGCUUUCUGCAGCCAUACAUAUACUUAAAUGCUUCUAGGGAGGCAGUCUGUGCCUCUUCAGAAAGUGAAAAAGCAAUAAGAAUUACAAUGUCUUGACACUGCAGCUGGACUAUGAUCCUUUGCAAGUUGGAGUAUGGAGGCAGUAGAAGAUUGUUCUUGACUGUGAAUGAAGUUUUGGCUGUAUUCAGAAGUUCCAUUUGUGCAGUAAACUGAUUUACAGUACACAGCAUCUGCUAAUCAAAUACUUACCUCCAGGUACAUGAAACAACGGCAGUAGAAGUUUGAGGUAAAGGAGGAGGGAAGAAGGAAUAGAUUUUAAGAACAUCUUCUCACACAGUGCCCUGUUCUAGCAUAUCUGUAUAGGUAAAGGAGCCACUAGUGAUGUCACAUGCUUUCUCUAUAAAAAACUUAAUACAUUUUUGUGUGCCAAAAUUAGACACAUCCAGCCAAGUGGGAGCUUUGCACUAUUCAAAGUACAAAGCUCCCUGUGCUGACAGAGAAGUGUGCUAGAACUAAAACUAUGGAGAAACUUAACUAGGAUGCCAGCUCUAAAUGUACUGCUUUCAUUCAAGACUAUUCACAGUGCUACUAGUGAUUAUCCUACUGAACAAAAAUAAAAACAUCUUGUCAUGCAA